AUGCUGGCAACUCCAGCCUCCCCAGCCAUGCCCCUCCCGGGCUCCGCGGCAGACAUGGACCUCGCGUACCCACCCAGCCCAAGAGGCCUACCACUGGGCAUCAGAGCCGCCACGGCCAACAACCUAAUCUCCAGCUUCGAGCAGCCCCGAGACCCCGAAGAGAAAUGGUGGUGGGCUCGGUGUGCACCUCUCUUUUACACCAUCCUCAACGCGUCGGGUUCGUACACGCCGGAGCAGAUAUCCGACCACAUGCGGGUUGUGCGAGACGUCGUCAUCCCCAGCCUGGGCCCACGGCCCAGCAAAGCCGCCACCAAAGCCCUCAUCACGCUAGACGGGUCCCCGUUCGAGCCGAGCUGGAACUUCACCAAGGGCCGGAGCGUGGUGCGGUAUGCGUUCGAACCACUCUGGGACACGGGCAGAAGCCCCGAGGACCCGUUCGGCGGACGACAGGUCCCCGAGUUCGCGCGGCUGCUCGCCAAGGUCGCGGCGCCAGACACGCACCUGGGCUGGUUCGACCAGGUCUGGGCGCGGUGGAGCGUGGCGGGCGACGAGGCUGGUCGGGCGAAGCAGGCGCUCACGGCGCACGGCAAGCCGGCGUCUGCGCGCGUGCCGCAGAUCUUCCUGGCGUUUGACCACCACGGCGGCGAGCGGCGGCUCAAGAGCUACCACUUCCCCAUCCUCAAGCACCUCGCCACCGGCGAGAGCACGAACGAGAUGAUGCUCGACAUGAUCACGGACCUGCGGCCGGGCGGCGACGAGCUGCGGGCCGCGGCGGCCAAGAUGAAGACCUUUUUCGACAGGACCAAGUACCCGGCCGCGGCGGAGAUGCUGAGCAUCGACUGCGUGGACCCGCGGACGGCGCGGGUAAAGAUCUACGCGCGCACGCAGACCAACUCCCUCGACACGGUGCGCGAGACCAUGACGCUCGCGGGCCUGCAGACGGACGAGCACACGAUGGAGGGAGUGACGCGGGUGGCAAAGUUUUGGCACCUGCUGCUGGAUGAGCGCGACGGCAUGGGUGAGGAGCAGAGCAAGGAGCUGAGGGUCAAGGCGACGCACCACACCGGCAUCUGCUUCGUGUUCGAGAUCCGGCCGGGGAGCGAUAGGGUCAGCGUCAAGCCGCAAAUGCCAUGGUGUCAGACCAACGGGACAGAUGCCAGGGGUGCCGAGAACUUUGCCACUGUGCUGAAGAUGUUUGGGUGGGAUGACCACGUGGAUCGGUUCGAGAAGGGCGUCAUGGCUGCUGCUGCUCUACCAGGCCAGAACUACGCAAACGAGGCAGGUGGACUCUCGUACCUUGCAUACGAGUACAACCAAAAGGGUGGAGAUUACAUUUCAACCUACUUUUCACCACGCUGCCAUGCCGACCACGGGCUCGACUGA